AUGGGAGCCCUCGGCGGAAGCUGCGGAGGUCAAGAUGGCGGCUUCCAGGGGCCUCCUUUCCCGUUGCAGGCAAUUCGUGUCCGGUUUCUGGCGGAGAGGCGGUUCGGUUACGAUUCCGUCCCGCGGAUUCCGGCAGGUUAUAGAAACUACUGAAGGAAACACUACUAUUGUUGAAGGCAAAAUUUUGCCACAUCAAGAAGCUCCAGCUCCUCCAAAUCCUUCUGGCAGAUGUCCUAUCUGUCGCUGGAACCUGAAGCACAAGUAUACUUAUGAGGAUGUGUUAUUACUAAGCCAGUUCAUACGCUCUGAUGGAGGGAUGCUGCCUCGGAAAAUCACAGGCCUUUGCAAUGUAGAGCACAGGAAGAUUGUUGUGUGUGUACAGAUGGCACACCGAGCAGGAUUGCUACCAAAUCAUAGGCCUAAGCUUCCAGAAGGAUUUGUUCCAAAAUACAAGACGAAGUUCAACAGAUACCUUACCCGAUAUUCUAUCAGAUCUGUGGAUCCCAUCUAUAACAAGGGAAGAAAAUGGUGCAGAGUUGGUAUGCCUGUGUCACAUCCUGCAUUAAAAGACAAUAUUUAUUAUGGAUCAAAGCCACCUCUUUUUUACCACUAAAGGUAGAGAGAUUCUUUUGUGUUAGCAUCAGAUUGCAGACCACAAUGCUUUGCCUCAGAAUUAAUUAAGUACAUUGACGUUCUAUAUAGUCUGAGAGGCAAGUUAAUUUUUUCUCAUUAUUAUUUGUUAGAAGCUUUCAGGAAGUAGUGAACGAUCAGUUUAAUGUUUAAGAAGCAGAUUGUUAUUUAACUGUAAGAGAAUCUCAUGUAUUCAGGAUAAUAAAACUGUUUUUAAAAAUCACUGUUAUAUUUCUGAAAUAAAUUCAUGUCACAUGUAAUUUCA